GCACACCGGGCGUCUGAACAGGGACUCGCGGCUGCAGGACUGCCUGCUCCGAGACGCAGCAGCCGCGGCGGCGCCAGAGGACUCCACGCCACCCGCCCUCAGGGCACCUGGCGUCCCAGCGCCGAGCGGGCACCCGAGCUGUGGCCGCACUCCCCGGGCGCCUCUCGCCGCUGCUGCAGCCUCGGGGAGACCGGAUCCCGGAGCGCACCAGAACUGGGGGACGGAGCCGAGAGCUUGGCUGCAAAACCGCAAGCCGGGUGACUCGGCACCGCGCGUGGAGACGGCAGGACACAGGGAAAGCCAGAGGGUCGCGCGCUUGGGGCCACCCAGCUCCGACCCGCGGGGACCGCAGCUGAGCGCGGAGGCGAGGGAGCGGCGCGGCCCCGGCUGACCCGAAGGCACCGGCUCCCGGUCAGGUGCGCGCAGCAGGGCGGGAGGGGCGCGCCAUGGAGGCUCCCGGAGUCGCUGGUCCGCGCGACACCAAGUGAGGCGCUCCGGCCGGGGUCGGCGGCCCCGCAGGUCAUGUACGGAGACGUGUUCAACGCCACGGCCGGCCCGGAGGCGGCUGGAGGCGGCGCGCUGGCCCUGGCAGCCACGGUCAAGGCAGAGGGCGCUUUGCCGCUGGAGCUGGCCACCGCGCGCGGCAUGCGAGACGGCGCGGCCACAAAGCCCGACCUGCCCACCUACCUGCUGCUCUUCUUCCUGCUGCUGCUGUCUGUGGCGCUCGUCGUCCUCUUCAUAGGCUGCCAGCUGCGCCACUCGGCCUUCGCCGCGCUGCCCCACGACCGUUCGCUGCGCGACGCCCGAGCGCCCUGGAAGUCGCGGCCGGUGUAGCUGCGGAGCGAGCCAGGGCCGGCGGGCGCAGUGUCCGGGUCUCACCCCGGCCGCCGGUAGGAGCGGGGCAGGGCAGCGAGCCUGGCGCCAGGGGUCGCUGGCCCCUGGGAACGCCACCCCCUGACCCAACGACCCCUUCCGACCUCAAGCGGCAAGCCGGGCGUAAAGGGAGUCAGAGGCGUUCGCAGGCUGCGUAGGGUCCCGAACCCAGAAGCCGCAGGUUUCCAAGGUUCUGAUCCCCUGGAGGAGUCUUUCUCCCCCCUCCCUCCGGACAGCGGGUCUAGCAGGGGUGCCUUCCUGAAAGACGGCGCGCCAGCCCAGACACAGGAGCCUCCCCCGCCGCCUGCUGACUCCCUUACUUUGCACACGAAGGGGCAGGCAUGGCUCGGCGAGGGCACUACUAGCCAGAAGCUGGCCCGGUAGCUGUCUUCCCGCCGCUGCUACCGCCUCUUCCACUCCUUGGCACCGAGGAUCCCGGUCUCCCGAGAACCCGAGACUGAACUCAGCCGAACUUAGAAAUGAUGGCCUUUGGCGGCUGCGUCCUCUCAGGGAAGUGAGGGGAUGCUGAGUUUAAGUAGGUCCCGCUCGGGUCCAAGGGCUCAGUUUUCUUUGAGGGCACGGGAGGGUUAGCCGGUCUAGAGGAACUGGGUCGCACCUGCAGCACCCUGUGGUUGGGGAUCCGCGUCCCGCACCUCCAGGGACCGCAUUUGUACAAUAAAACU